UGCAGUUCGUGGAGCUACAGGGGCAGGGGCUGGCGCAGCGGAAAGCCGCCAUUCAUGAUCUACGAGUGGUGCCUCUGGAGGGGCCCUCACGCUACAUCCGACCACGGAGCAUUCGCUACAAACAGCACGGCAAGGACCGUCGAUGGGACAUGGUGCAAUCGCAUCCGUCCGUUGCAGUGCUGCUCUUCCACACAGAGCUCAAUCUGCUCCUCAUGGUGCGGCAGUUCCGCCCCACAGUGCUCGCAGCAGCAGCAGCAGCAGCAGCAGCAGCGGCAGAAGCAGAGACAGACGUAGAGGGGAGCGAGGAGGGGGUGAAUCUCACAGGGGACCUUGAGGCUGCAUUCACCUACGAGCUGUGUGCGGGGCUGGUGGACAAGGCAGGCAAGGACCUAAGGCAGAUCGCCAAGGAGGAGGUAUUAGAGGAGACGGGGUACGAUGUGCCACUGGAGUCACUGCAGCUGGUGACAGCUGCUCUCACGUCCGUGGGGAUAUCUGGAGCCAGGCAAACCAUGUUCUAUGCAGAGGUGAACGAGGCACAGAGAACUCACGCUGGCGGAGGCAAGGAGGAGGAGGGCGAGGCCAUAGACGUGGUGGGGCUACCUCUCGCACAGCUGGACGCCUUCAUUGCUGACGUGGACCUCCCCAAGAGUCCCGGAGGGCUGUUCGGGGUCGCGUGGUUCAAAGCUACAGUGCUGCCCACGUUACAAGGCUCAAGCUGA